AAUAUGAAACCGGUGUUGCCUCGCACGUGCAUCCGACACGCAUCAUGGACCCCAAGACAUCCACUUAGUGCGUCCUCGCUCUUCACACCAUCCGUACGCAUGGAGAUACCAUUUCCCGCGCAAACAUAACAUUAAAAAAACAAUGAACAAGGCUGAAAAAAUAGUGCUUUGAAAAGGACAUUUUGUGCUUCUGAAAUAAACUUUUUAGGAAACUAUUGGAGCGCGGAUGUAUCUACUGCGGGACUCGGGUAGCUGAGGGCCGGCAAGGCCUGAUGGCGGGCACAACAUUACACUCACUGCUCUUAAUAGCGGUGCUCUCACACUCGGCGAUUAGCUAUGCUGCUCGGUUUGGUGAUCGGAUUGCUCCUCGAAUACCCGCCCCGUACGCGCCACGUAAUGCGAAAAUAGCUCAUAGAUAUGCUCAAAACGAGGAAGACGACCGAGACUAUGAUGAGCAAAUCUUGGCUAUGGAUGAAGAUGAAUUUAAACCGGAAACAGAAGCUCCGCAUAGACGCCCUGCACGAACGGAAGCGCAUCGACUGGAAAUGAGUACAGAAUAUUUUGUUAUACCGGAACGUAUUUCUUCUACGUCAUCUUCAACGUCUCGCCCAAAAGCAAUUUCGACACCGCGACCAAUAAACAAUACAACACCAACAGUGAAAACUUUAGUGCCAAUAGCGGUCUUGAGACCGGAACCUUGGGCCGUUCCGAUACUAGCAUUAGCGUGCGUUAUAAUGAUAGUGAUAUGUGCUUUUGAAGCUUUUGUUAUUUGGGGAGCUAGUAAAAAGGCUCCGAGUCAUCGACAUUUGCUUCUUGGACAAACAUUACUUUUUGGCCUUUUUUUGUGUGCAGGCACUGCAGCAUUAUAUGUCGCAUCGCCUACUAAUUUUACAUGUGGUGCAGUCCGCUUUGGAACUGGAGUAUCAUACGUUAUUGUGUUUGUGACUUUAUUAGUGAAAUGUGUAUUUUUAUUGAGUUUAAAUGGAGGAGUUUAUCUCCCAGCAGCGUAUCAAGGAUUAUUAUUAUUUUUUGCAAUAAUGAUACAAGUGGCCAUUGGAGCGCAAUGGCUUGGAGGUUCGCCCCCGCGAGUUGCUGCCGGCGGAACCAGAUGUGAAACCGCACUAUCUGAUCUACUACUAUCAUUGUGUUAUGCCGCAUUUCUGAUCGCUGUAGUAUGUGGUGUUGCGCUCCGCUCCCGCGGCAUACGCGACAACUAUCGAGAAGCGACUCAUAUAGCCGCAGCAGGUGGCGCAACGGCCGCAGUUUGGGUAUGCUGGGUGGCGGCAGCCCUGGGAGCACCUGAACAACACAAAGAUGCUUGUGUAGCAGCUGGUUUGCUCGGUACCUGUACCGUAGUAUUCGCUCUCAUGUUUGCACCGAAAGGGCGUCGCCUUGCGGCGUUAGGACGUGAAGGUCGCUGGGAUGCAGAUCGUGAAGAAGGAUUGAGUUCUUUAGGCGCGGGCGGAUCCGGCUACUCGCCUUCAUUCUUCCAUUUCAAACCAGUUAAAUACGGGAUGGUAUCAGCCGUAGGCCAAACUCAAGCGGCGCCAUCAAUACUAGAUCGCAAGGAACCCCCAGCUCAGCAAGCCGAUCCGUACAGUGGUAUGUUCCUGGGCUCGCACUUCCACAGACGCACAUUGUGCCCUCCGCCGCACUACCCUAUGCACCCACUAACGCACUUUAACUACAAUUACCCGCCCUAUCACUACAUGUUACCACCAGGCGUGAUGAUGCGACCGGAGGAGGCCAACGUGUACACGAGCGUAGAGCCCACCUUCAGCAGCAAUCCCAACGUAUUCUUCCAACGCACGGAGCCGUUGCACGUCGGCAUGAUGUACUGAGCCCCAGGCAAACCAGCGUUCCCGCGCGAACAGUGAGAUUUGACGGAUUAUUAAUAACAAAACCAUAGACAAUUUGGAAAAAAAUGGGUUUCCGAGAAGUAAGUGUCGUCGCAGGAGGUGCUAAUAGAAAGAUAUAAAUUAUAAAGUAAUUGAGAUUAUGAUGACAAUGAUUGAGAGAAUACUGUAAAUUGUAAUGCUGUUAAGAAUUAUAAAAACCUUACGAGGAUCAAAUACAAAUCUUUAAAUAGCAAUUUUCCUAAACUACUUUCCUAAUGAACAUUUUACACCAUACCAUGGGACCAUCAUGUUUGCAGAAGCUAUUGCAAGCUUGCAAUUCUUGGCUCUAUGUUGUAUAUGCUGUAACUCUAGAAAUUUCUGUAUAGAAAUCUCUAACAAUAAAUGAACUAAAUAUAAACAUCUAUCAGAUAAAUCUUUAAAAAAAUUGUAUAGUCAGUAUAAAAAUUGCUUGGUAUAGCCUAUACCUGCCAUGCCUAAGUAUAUGAAUUUUAGUCAAUAGUACAUAUUUUUUAAUUAUAAACUUGACCAAAUUACUAGAAAUGACUACAUUUUAAUUGCAUAACAAAAUUAGUAAUAGCUUAAUGUAGGGUAAUAUUUUUUUUCUUUUUUGCAAGUAUGUAUCUCCAAAUAGAAUAUUAUAAAAUUUGUGAUGUUGAAUUCUAAGCCCACCCUGACUGAAAAUUGUGUCAAAUUUAAAAAUAAAUAACUAAUAUGCUCUUAAUGGUGUAAAUAAAAUUUAUUUUGUA